CAGCAAAGUAACACUGGUUGCUGAGUCUAAAAAACUUCCUUCAUCGGACUACGUUUAAAAGCUGUCAUCGAACAUUCAGAAAAUACAAGAUCAGUUAAAAAAGCGACUAGACCGUGCAGAGUCGCAUAUUCAGUCUCUGAAUGAAAGAUAUAAUCAAAUGAAAGCAGAAAUAAACACAGUGCGCAAGAGAUUAAGUGUUGAAUUGGACCGUUUGGAGAAUGAAACACUUCAAGAACUAGAAGACGUGAUUUCAACCUUUAGAAACUAUAUGACAACAGAUAGAGGUCACAUGAUUGACAUUCAGGUGACACUGCAACGUCUCAGUGAUUCCGUUAAAGAGGUUUGCAUAAAGAAAAACGACCAUCUUUUUAUAGCAGUUGAAAAAUGUAAACAGAAAAUACAACAAUGCGAUUUAUUUCUUCGAAGUGUUUUAUUCAACGACAAAGAUUGCUUUGAAUUCACCAAUGACUUGAAUAAUCACUUAUCAAAACGGAAAGAUCUUUGGAGAUUUAAACAGCCAAAUAAGGUUAUAUCAUUGCAGGGGAAGUCAAAAUAUAUGUUAAAAACAGAUGAACAGAUUGGCAAUAUUUGUGCCAUCAGCUUUCUUCCAAUCGGUGUGACAAUGGCUCUUGACACAGGAAACGGGCGUUUGCUCAUGUUUGACCAGCAGUACAAGUAUGUAGAUGACAUCAACGUGCCUUCAAGUUCGUAUGACAUGUGUCUCAUUUCACCACGUGAAGUGGCAGUUUGUUGUUAUGUGAGAGACCGACAUGUAGUACAGUUCUACCAUGUAAAACAUAGGGGGAUCUUUAAGGGUGAAGUGUUACAACUACCACAUAGUUGUGUUGGGAUUGCAUGCCAUCAGGACAAUCUCUACGUGAGGUCCAGCUUUGCUCUAUAUCAUUACCUGAUUAAUGGACAAUUUGUAAAGAAGCUGUAUGAACACAAGGAAAAUACAUAUGAGAGAUAUAUGAAUGGUAACAGGUGUGCUGUGAACCUCUCCGGCGACAAGAUAUUCCUUACCAAUGAAUCCAAUCUUCUCACACUGUCUACGACAGAUGGAACCCUUCUUGUCUCCUUUACUGACUCGGAAAUAGACUGUUUUUCUGGAGUUCAUGUCAUAACAGGUGGACAAGUGUUGGUAUAUGGUACAAAAAGGAAUAAAGAAGGUAGCUCACAAACUAUCCUACUGUUGGACUACGAGGGACAGAAGAAGCUAGCUACCCUGAUUUCAGAGAAGGAUCAAGAUCAAGGAACAUUGAUUUCAUUAAGCUUCAAUUGUAACACCGAGUCAAUAAUUGUCUGGUUUGAAAAGAAGAAGAAGAAGAACAGUUCUGAAUGCGCAGACAUAUGUCUGAUGGGUAGAGACUAUGGAGACGAGCAGCUUAUGAUAGACAUGUCGCGAAUGAAGAACCUUCUCCAACCCACUAAAAUUGUAGCCCUAAAUACGGCAGUACAAAACAUUACCAGACUACCAGUGAGGUUCAGGCUACUUACUGGCAGUUACAUACUUCAGGUGAACAGGAGCCGUUUUAACAAAUACUCAAUUGAUUCAGUGUGCCCGAACUGUAAAGAGGCUGACAAAACAGUUGAACACUUUCUGCUACAGUGUCUUGCGUUAAAACAUGUGAGAGAUCCAGCAGACAGUUCAUCCACGAACGGUUCUCCAAGGCUAGAUGCUCACAGAUCUGAAUAUACUGACAAUGCCGAUGCCAAAGAUCGCAAUCAACAAACCCUACUAGAACAGAUCGCAGGACACCAUUUAUCAGAGUUGGUUGAGCGAAUAGUACAUUCUAAACAAGACGCGACUACAAGAAUAAUUCAAUUACUAGUUAUUGCAAGAGCGUGUGAGGUCAUUCAAAUAGCUUUAUCGGAGAAAGCAUGGCAACAGUUGUGUGCAUCGUUAGUUCCAACGUUAGAUGCUGCCAAUAGAUGCGAUCAAUUGGUUAGAGUGUUUGACCUCUUCAAUAAGGCGGAUCUAAAGGCAGCCUUAGUUUGUCUCAUAAACAUGAAUAGUUCACACAAGGAUCCCUCAUGGAUGUACUGUCUACCAUUACUUCAUCUUGCGUGUGGAUUGUGCUCACCUUUUGAGAAACCCAAAAUGGACCUUGGACACGAUGAUGAAAUACCAAAAUGGUGGGGUAUCGCCGAGGUUUCAAACAUUGUCGAGGCAUUUAAAUCGAAAGCGGAAUGGCGCAUUCCACUAGAUACGGUUAUAGACCGACUUCAGCCCCUUUUCGAGUUGAACUAUUACUUGCCGCGUUGUAUCGUUGCAUCACUGAGCUAUACAGAUUUGGCGGUGUUAGCAAACGAAUGGGUACCUUUGGAAGUUGCUUGUGCCGCUUUAUGUUACUGGACCAAAUCACAUAAUAUACCAUUCAAACACCAGGUUGUUUGUGAUGCCAUAGAGUUGAUACUGAAGCGUGCACAAAACACCACCGUGGAGACCAGAUGUUCAUAUGUGCUUAAUAUUCGUAACAUAUUCGAUGGUCCCACUAAAAACGACAUUUGA